GAAUUGAGCAAAAAGGACUUUGGCAAGGCAGGUUGUGGGAUUUCAAAGCUUUCUCCCAUUAAUGCCGAAGCCAGCAGAGAUAUCAACUAUAGUUCCACGGCUAGAAGGUACGCGCAGCUCUGCUUUUACUGAGAGUUCAGCUGGAGAAAGGUCCACAGCACAAUGAGACUUUUCAUGGGCAUUGUUUUCUGCUCCUUGGUCAUAGGAGUCAGCAGUGAAGGCUGGUAUUCAUUUUUCAAGGAGGCUGUCCAAGGGGCUGGGGACAUGUGCAGAGCCUAUUGGGACUUGAUGGCAUCCAAUCACCAAAAUUCAGACAGAUAUUUCUAUGCUCGGGGAAACUAUGAUGCUGCCCAAAGAGGACCUGGGGGUGUCUGGGCUGCUAAAGUGAUCAGCCGUUUCAGGGACUAUCUUCAGGUCUUUGCAAACUACUAUUUAUCUGGAGACAGCAGCAGUGUAUUGGAAGACUUGAAGUCCAACCAGAAAGCUGAGGAAUGGGGCCGGAGUGGCAAAGACCCUAAUCGCUUCCGAACUGACGGCCUGGCUAAGAAAUACUGAGCUUGCUGCUCCUCUGCACUCAGGGAACUGGGCUGUGACUCACACACUUCUGCUCCAAGACAGGGACACAGAGUCACUGAGCUUUGUGUUCCCAGGAACUGGUACAGGAUGCCUAGAGGUGAUCAAUAAAUGUUUGUCAAAUUGAA